AUGUCUGCUGCUCAGCCCGUUCAAAUUCAGGGUUCGGGUAUUCUAGUACCGCUUCGAGAAGAAGCCGUGACAAGCUCGAAGAGCGUCAAAGAAGUCCUUGAGCGAGGAGAAAGGAACAGAAGGACAACUAGCACUGACCGGAAUGAGCGGAGUAGUCGAAGUCACAGCGUAUUCCGACUUGUAGUGGAGAGCAGAGAAAGGGGAGAGAAAAGGAACGAGACACCAAGCGGCCGUCAAACUCCCAGCACGCGCCCAUCGACACCUGGCGGUCCUCGACUACAGACCAUCGGAGGAAGAGGCGUGCAGACUUCGGUGCUGGUGGUUUUCAUUUCUCUUUUCGGUCUGCCAUCUCGCAGACAGUCUGUAUACCUGUGCAUAAACCGCGUAAGUUCUUUUCUAUUUGAUAAUUUUAUUCUCGUGUGCUAA